CAUUUGCACAGGCAUUGUGCUUUAUUGUGGGCAGAUACAUGUGGGUGAGGAUCUGGAGUGCAGGAGGACAACACCACCACAAUAAGUGCCAGGCAGAUCCAGUGCAAUCCUUCGUGGUCUGCCUUGCGGCUGGAACCCAUCUCCCCUGCUUGCAGUGAGGAUGCUCUGCUGAUGCUGGUGGCCCCACCUAUUAGUAAUCUGCAGCAUCCUUUGUAUUGAACUCUAGGGCUGGACGGUCCUGAUGAAGAAGAGGUCAUGGGAUGCCAAGAUUUGGGGGAGAUCCUGAAUGCUGUGUAGAACCUUUUCUGGGUGUGAAACAGGAAGAUCCCUCCUGAGAGCAGAUGUGGAAGACAAGCUCCAAUCUGCUUGUAUUCAUGUCCUGAUAAUGAACAGACAGCGCUGGACAUAAUGGAUGCCACCCUCAUCCCGCAGCCCCCAGGGAGGACAAUAUCUGGAAUCUGAUGGGCUUAGUCAGACAUCUACACUUAUUUGUAUUCAGGUACAUUUAUAUUUCCAGAAGAAUUAUUUGCUAUGGCCAGACUUCGCAGGAAAGCAUGUAUUGCUCUCUUCCUUUUUACACUUUUCAUUUUUGGAACUAUGAUGGGCUUAAGAACUUUGAAGCCCUCUGAUGGGUUUUCUGAUUUGGCACCUGGCUUAGAGCUCAUGCCCUUUGCUGAACAGUCUGAGAGACGCUCCGUGUCCAAUGAGGUCGUCCCCCAUCCCCAGAGCACUGUGGAGACACCAGACCAGACAAAAGUGUACUAUGACCUCCAUAUCUUUUACUACAUGUGGUAUGGAAAUCCAAAGUUUGAUGGGAAUUACAUACACUGGGACCACGUAAUGGUACCUCAUUGGGAUCCCAAAAUAUCUGCAAGUUACCCGAAAGGCAGACACAGCCCUCCUGAAGACAUUGGCUCUAGUUUCUACCCAGAAUUGGGACCCUACAGUUCAAAAGAUCCAGAGGUCUUAGAAGAACAUAUGAAGCAACUUAGAGCUGCUGCUAUAGGAGUGCUUGUGCUGUCAUGGUAUCCCCCAGGCACUGCAGAUGAAAAUGGAGAAGCAGUGGAAGAUUUAGUGCCCCUUAUCCUGAAUGCUGCCCUUAGAUACAACAUCAAGGUAGCAUUUCAUAUACAGCCAUACAAAGGACGUGAUGAUCGCACACUGCACGAUAAUAUCAAAUACAUUAUUGACAAUUUUGGAUCACAUGCUGCUUUUUACAGAUACAAAACAAGUACCAGCAAGACCCUGCCUCUUUUCUAUAUUUACGACUCCUACUUGACACCACCAGAGUCCUGGGCCAAUCUUUUGACACUAACUGGCUCUCACUCCAUCCGUAACACACCAUAUGAUGCGAUCUUCAUAGGCCUUUUGGUGGAAGAGGGACAUAAGCAUGACAUCCUUACAGCAGGUUAUGAUGGGAUUUACACCUAUUUUGCCUCCAAUGGCUUUUCUUUUGGUUCCUCUCACCAGAACUGGAAAUCGAUCAAGAACUUUUGUGACACCAACAACCUCAUGUUUAUUCCAAGUGUUGGGCCAGGAUAUAUAGACACAAGUAUCCGACCAUGGAAUAACCAUAACACCAGGAACAGAGUCAAUGGUAAGUAUUAUGAGACAGCCCUUCAAGCUGCACUUACUGUCCGUCCAGAAAUAGUAUCUAUCACCUCAUUCAAUGAAUGGCAUGAGGGGACCCAAAUAGAGAAGGCUAUGCCAAAGAAAACUGCCACUCGCCUCUAUCUAGACUACCUUCCUCAUCAACCUGACCUCUACCUGGUUCUUACAAGAAAAUGGGCUGAACAUUUCAACAAGGAGAAGGAGCAGUGGCUAAUGUGAGUUUACAACAUACCCGCAUAGAAGAACAUUCUACAACUAGGGUGGACAGUAACAUUAAAUACUAUGUUCUUAAUAAAUUAAUGAUAUUAUGAUAACUGCUGAGUGAGGUUUUUCAGAAAAGACAGUGAUACAAGAUAUGUCACAGGAACAAAAACAACUUUCAUUUUUUUGCCUUUUAAGUAUUGUCCUAAAGUAUGAAAAGAGAAUGACUUGACCAACAUCAGAAAAUAUGAACACGAUCUAUAAAACCUCUUUCUGUAAUGAUUUUUGAAACUUUGUUAAAACAAUCCCU